UGUAAACAGUAAUGUUUGACUCUGUAUAGUGGUGUACGUCCGCGUGGCUAGUGUUUUGUCGGCAAGAUUUCCUAGAAUUAAUUUAUUAUUUAUUCUAUUAUCUUGUUGUCGUAUUAAAUUCUUGCUUUUGAUUUUGAAACAUACGGAAUACGUUAAAUUUUUCUGCUCAAAAUGGGCUGUGAAGAGGAAGUUUUUAAAAUUGCUAAGAAGCUAGAUAAGAUGGUUGCAAAUGGCGCUCAGGAACAAGCAUUACAUCUUUUAAAAGCACUUAGAGAUCUUCCUAUCACUUUGGAUAUAUUGCAGAAAACAAGAAUUGGAAUGACUGUCAAUUCACUCAGGAAAUCAACAAGUGACGAUGAAGUAAUAACAUUAGCAAAAAGCCUUAUAAAGGCUUGGAAGAAAUUAUUACCAGAAACUCCAAAUGCAAAAGGAGAUGGGAAUGGUAACAGUAGGGAUUCUAAAGGAGAAAAUUCAAAUGGUAGUAGUGUUACAAAUCAGUCUCAAAAAAAUGAUUCCUCUAAAGAUUCUGGUUCUAAAGUUUCAGCAUCAUCUAAACCUGCUGUUCCUAAGCAAACUACUUUUCCUGCUGAUACUACAAAUUCUGUGAGACUGAAGUGUAGAGAAAUGCUAGCUAAUGCUCUAAAGGCAGAUGAGGUUGAAGAAGAUUUUCUGGAUCCUGAAGAUCUUGGAGCAAAAAUUGAGGAUUGUAUAUUUGAAGAAUUUGGUGAUACAAAUACUAAGUAUAAAAACAGAAUUCGUAGCAGAGUUGCUAAUUUGAAGGAUACUAAGAAUCCUGGAUUGCGUGCGAAUGUUCUGAAAGGAAUUAUUUCACCUGCAAAAAUUGCUGUAAUGACAGCUGAUGAAAUGGCAAGUGAAGAAAUGAAAAAACUGAGGCAGAAAUUUACAAAAGAGGCAAUCAACGAUCAUCAAAUGGCUGUUACUGGUGGAACAAAAACUGAUUUAUUGAAGUGCGGAAAGUGCAAGAAAAGCAAUUGCACAUACAAUCAGGUACAAACAAGAAGUGCUGAUGAACCCAUGACAACUUUUGUGUUUUGCAAUGAAUGUGGACAUAGGUGGAAGUUUUGCUGAGUACAUUAGUUUUCUCAGUAUGUGAUGUAUCAAAGCAUGGCAAGUAGGACAUCAAGUUUUAUUCUUGUCUAGUGUAAAUAAGCUUUUUGAUGUCGCCACCUUGCAGAAAUUCUCAUCCUGUUAAAAACUGCAUCCUCAUCAUCACUGUAAUUAUAAAACUGAUGUUUGUAAGAACUCUUUUUGCAAUUUUUUUAAACUAUGUUGCAUAGUAUUCGUUAAAUUUCCAUGUUGACUAUUAUAGUUAUUUCCUGACGAAUUAUGUAUCACAUGGGUGACAUUGGUUACUGUUAAAUGUACUCUAAGAAUAUAACGAAGCAUCCAAAUGUAGAAGUCUCGGAUGAAGUUUGAAAGCUUUAUGUGAAUAUUUGUAGCAAAAUUAUUAUGUUAUUAAAUGCUCUUUUAUCAUAA